AUGCAUUGUGGGCCUCCCGACAUGGUCUGCGAGACGAAGAUCGUGGCCGCCGAGGACCAUGAGGCGCUGCCGGGGGCCAAGAAGGACGCGCUGCUCGCCGCCGCCGGCGCCAUGUGGCCCCCGCUGCCCGCAGCUCCUGGGCCGGCCGCCGCCCCCGCCGCGCCCCCGCCAGCGCCGGGCCCCCAGCCCCUCGGCGGCGCGGGGGGCGCGGAGCCGCCGGAGGGGCGCGGCGUGUACAUCCGCGAGAUCCGCGCGGCGGAGCAGGAGGCGGCGCGCCGCAUCUUCUACGACGGCAUCAUGGAGCGCAUCCCCAACACGGCCUUCCGCGGCCUGCGGCACCACCCGCGCACGCAGCUGCUCUACGCCCUGCUGGCCGCGCUCUGCUUUGCCCUGACCCGCUCGCUGCUGCUGACGUGCCUGGUGCCAGCGGGGCUGCUGGCCCUGCGCUAUUACUACAGCCGGAAGGUGGUCCUCGCCUACCUGGAUUGUGCGCUACACACAGACAUGGCCGACAUCGAGCAGUAUUACGUGAAGCCCCCUGGCUCCUGCUUCUGGGUGGCCGUGCUGGACGGCAACGUGGUGGGCAUCGUGGCAGCGCGGGCGCACGCGGCGGACAACACGGUGGAGCUGCUGCGCAUGUCGGUGGACUCACGCUUCCGUGGCAAGGGCAUCGCCAAGGCGCUGGGCCGUAAGGUGCUGGAGUUCGCCCUGGUGCACAACUACUCUGCGGUAGUGCUGGGCACGACAGCCGUCAAGGUGGCCGCCCACAAGCUCUACGAGUCGCUGGGCUUCAGGCACAUGGGCUCGAGCGACCGCUACGUGAUGCCCGGCAUGACCCUCUCGCUGGCCGAGCGCCUCUUCUUCCAGGUCCGCUACCACCGCUACCGCCUGCAGCUGCGCGAGGAGUGA